AUGUCGUAUUGUGUGGCUGUUAACUCAUCUAGUCUAGCAAUAUCAAAUAUUGAUGCCGAUUGUUGUUUCGUGUACUCGUUUGACUCAGGAACCAUUACAGAGCUAGUAGAACUUUUUGGCGAAAUAUACUACAAUUUUAAGACCACCCCACGCAUUUUACAAAAAGCCUGCGCUGCUUUUUCGUCUGACGGUAAUUUGUUUGCGUUCAACACGAACAAAGGAAAACUUCUGAGCAUAUGGAACGCCAAUAACUGGACAAUGGUUGAUAACAAGUUGCUGCCAAAAGACGCGACCAAUAUAGUUUUCACGCCCAAAACCAAUGUAGCUAUUGCCGGCGACAAAAAAGGUGACGUUUACUCGUUCGAAAAUGACCCGGUCCGAAUCCUCGGGCAUUCUUCAAUGAUACUCGGUAUAUGUUUUAGCAGAGACGAGAAAUAUAUCGUUACCAGCGACAGCGAUGAAAAGAUACGAGUUUCGCAUUAUCCAAAUGGCAAAAUCAUUCUACAUUAUAUGAUGGGGCACGAAGCGUACGUGAGUAACAUUUGCCUGUUGAAUAAUUUCCUUGUGUCCGGUUCUGGUGAUUGUACACUACGUCUGUGGGACUUAGACAGUGGCGAUCUCGUUGAUAAACUAAUUCUCGACCGCCCGAUUCGAAAUGUGGUUGAAGUCAGCGUACAACAUUGCACUGCCGCUGUGCAAUUUCACGAUUCCAAUGAACUGUAUUUUGUUAAACUUGAAAAAAAUAAUGAUAAUUACAAUUUUGUGAAAACUCAACAAGAAAUAUUUCAGAGCAAAGUUAUAAAUAUAGGUGCGUGUGAUAAGAAACUAUGGAUUUUUACGAAGAAUACAAUUCAUAACUAUACAGUUGCUAAGGAUAAUAAUAUUUUUAAAGAAGAGAACAAUUUAGUACAAGAAACGUUAAAAGAAUAUACCGAGUCUUAUACAGCAUUAGAAACCACUGAUUUAAUGGUUCAUCUGUACCAAAAGAUGAUUGAUAGAAAGAAGAGAAUUAAAGAACAUAAUACAUAA